GAGAGAGAGAGAGAGAGAGGAGGGAGGGAGAGAUCAGCUCGCCUGCAACAUGGACAAGUGAUCUAAACAGACAACUCAGAGCCGUCUCUCCCACACCGCACGCUCCCCCCCCAACGCAACAAACACACACACAGCUUUCCUCCCGAGCCUGCUGAGCCUUUGCACGGAUCUAAGGAGCCCACGUCUCCCGACCACCAGGUUAUCUCCUCGUUCUUCACCAUGUCCCGUCGUCUCUCUCCUCGUCUGAAGGCUUCAGCCCUUCUCCUGGCUUUGUUCCUGCCUUCACCGCUGGCGACGGUGGACGACCAUUCAGGCCUGCCGGGGGGCGGGAGAGCAUCCGCAGACGGGGGUAACCAAAGUGCUAAAUGCCAGGAGGCCACUGAGUGUCAGGAAGGGGUGAUCCUCCCCGUGUGGCUCCCCCAGAACCCUUCCGUGGGCGACAAGGUAGCACGGGCCAUCGUGUACUUCGUGGCAUUGAUCUACAUGUUCCUGGGCAUGUCCAUCAUCGCCGACCGCUUCAUGGCCUCCAUCGAGGUCAUCACGUCGCAGGAGAGGGAGAUCACCAUCAAGAAGCCCAACGGCGAGACCACGACCACCACCAUCCGCAUCUGGAACGAGACCGUCUCCAACUUGACUCUCAUGGCGCUGGGCUCGUCUGCCCCGGAAAUCCUCCUCUCCAUCAUCGAGAUCGUCGGCCACGGCUUCCACGCCGGGGACAUGGGACCCAGCACCAUCGUUGGCAGUGCCGCAUUCAACAUGUUUGUGAUUAUCGCCGUCUGCAUCCACGUGGUGCCCGAGGGGGAGGUCCGGCGCAUCAAACACCUGCGGGUCUUCUUCGUCACCGCCGCCUGGAGCAUCUUCGCCUACAUCUGGCUGUACCUCAUCCUGGCCUGGUUUUCUCCUGGGGUUGUGGAGUUAUGGGAAGGCCUGCUCACUUUCCUUUUCUUCCCGCUUUGCGUGGUUCAGGCGUGGGUGGCCGACCGGAGGCUUUUGUUCUACAAGUACGUCCAGAAGAAGUAUCGCGCCGACAAGGCCCGAGGCCUCAUCAUCGAGACGGAGGGGGACAGCGGCUAUCCGAAACUGGACAUGGAGAUGGACAACUCGCUGAAAGAAGGGACAGAAGGGCUGGUGGACGGCGGGAAAGACCAGGACGACGAAGCUCGCCGAGAUAUGGCUCGCACUUUGAGGGACCUCAAGCAGAGGCAUCCGGAAAAGGACAUGGAGCAGCUCAUCGAGAUGGCCAACUACCACGUCUUGGUCCAGCAGCAAAAGAGCAGGGCCUUCUACCGCAUCCAGGCGACGCGGAUGAUGAUCGGGGCGGGGAACAUCCUCAAGAAACACGCGGCCGACCAGGCCCGCAAAGCCAUCAGCAUGCAGGAGGUGCGGCCGGAGGAAGACGAGUCGGUCACCAAAGUGGGCUUCGAGCCGGCUCACUACCAAUGCUUCGAAAACUGCGGCUCCGUCGUGCUGACCGUGGCCCGGAGAGGAGGGGACCCUAGCCGUGUCACGUUGCGCGUGGACUUCCACACCGAGGACGGGACGGCCAACGCCGGUUCGGACUACGAAUUCGCAGAGGGCACGCUGAUCUUCAAGCCCGGAGAGACGCACAAGGAGGUGAGGGUGGGGAUCAUCGACGACGACAUAUUUGAGGAGGACGAGUAUUUUUACGUCCACCUCAGCAAUGUCCGGGCUUCCUGGGCCGAGCCGGGUCCCGAACCGCCGCCUAAAGCCUCCCUGGGGCCAUCCAAGAUGGCCACCGUCACCAUCUUUGACGACGACCACGCCGGCAUCUUCACCUUCGAGGGGGCUUCCAUGCGGGUGAGCGAGAGCGUGGGCGCAGUCCGCAUCAAGGUGCUGAGGACUUCCGGGGCACGCGGGCGUGUGGCCAUCCCCUUCCACACCAUCGAGGGCACCGCGAAAGCCGGAGAGGACUACGAGGAGGUGGCUGGCAAGGUGGAAUUCCAGAAUGACGAGACCAUAAAAUACAUUGAGAUUAAAAUUAUUGACGACGAAGAGUACGAGAAAAACAAGAAUUUCCACUUGGAGCUGGGCCCACCAGAGCUUCUGGACACGGGACCCCACCAUGGCGAUUCCAACGAAAACCGGCUGCCUGAGGGGGGUGAAGACGAGGCGAUUGCCAAGAUGGGGUGCCCCAGCCUGGGAGAGCACCCCAAACUUGAAGUCGUUAUUGAGGAAUCUUAUGAGUUCAAGAGCACCGUAGACAAACUGAUCAAGAAGACGAACUUGGCCCUCGUUGUGGGGAGCAGCAGUUGGAGGGAACAAUUCGUUAGUGCCGUCACCGUCAGUGCCGGUGAUGACGAGGACGACGAUUCCGGCGAGGAGCGCCUCCCUUCCUGCUUCGACUACAUCAUGCACUUCCUGACGGUGUUCUGGAAAGUUCUCUUCGCCUUCGUGCCGCCUACCGAGUACUGGUGUGGCUGGGCGUGCUUCUUCGUCUCCAUCUCCCUCAUCGGCGUCCUCACCGCCCUGACGGGGGACCUGGCUGCCCACUUCGGCUGCACCAUCGGCCUCAAGGACUCGGUGACGGCGGUGGUUUUCGUGGCCCUUGGCACCUCAGUGCCCGAUACCUUUGCCAGCAAAGUGGCCGCCAUCCAAGACCAGCACGCCGACGCCUCCAUCGGCAACGUGACCGGCAGCAACGCCGUCAACGUCUUCCUGGGCAUCGGGGUGGCCUGGACCAUCGCAGCCGGCUACUGGGCCAGCCGGGGGGAGCCAUUCCGGGUCGAGCCGGGCACCCUGGCCUUCUCCGUCACCCUGUUUACCAUCUUUGCCUUCCUCAGCGUCGCCGUGCUCUUGUACCGACGCCGGCCCCCCAUCGGCGGAGAACUGGGGGGUCCCCGAACGCCGAAAGCCCUGGCCACCCUCCUCUUCGUCAGCCUCUGGCUGAUCUACAUUCUCCUGGCGGCUCUGGAGGCGUACUGCCAUAUUAAAGGCUUCUAAGGGACAGAUCGCGAUGGAGUCGGUGGUGGUGCUCGGAGCCUUGACUUCAUGCCACUUUGGGAGACUGACCUCCGGGUCACCUGAAAGGAGAUAUACUUUGUCCCAUGUUGGGAAUCCCGGCCUCUUCCCUGACCUCCACAGGGGCACGUCCACCUUCUGCUCUCCUUCGGAGAAAACUGUGCCCGGCAGCGACCGACCGCCGAGCCCCGGCGAAGGCGGCGCUCAACACGGAGUCGUCCUCCGUGGCCCGAGGGCCCGACUCAGGCCCACGGUUACGUGUCCGUUCCACGAGGGACCGGCGAGAGGGACCGUCCCCUCUAUUGGGAGCAGCACCGUGGAUCUCGAUCCAGCGGGAGGGUUUCCCGCCUCCAUUUAGAGAAACACAACUCCUACGGUGACCCACGCUAGCCGGGGAGAGAACUGGUGUGGGGAGAACCCCCCCCAUCAUCCUGCAACUCUAGGCGUGUUAGGGGAGGUGCAAUAGAACCUUUAAAGCCAGGCUAAUGGGCUGAUCUGAGUGAAGCCUCCACGUAGAGGAGGAAAAUAAACAGGCCCCCCCAUUCUCGCCACCCAUACAAGGGUUUGAGGGGAGGGUGGGGCUAAUUCAUCAUCUUAUACAACCACCCACCGGGCCUGGUACCUCAGAUCCUGCCCUCCUGAAGCCUGGACACCUGAACCGUGUUCAUUGUGGACUAGCGGCAUGUCUAGGCUUGUCAGCACCAAGGCAAAGGUGAUGAACAGCCUUUGCUUCCUGGCGAGAUCAUUUGUUAACGGCCAGGAGAGCUAGCCAGCCAAAUCCUGUUGGGGUGGGGAGGGCGAAGACUCCCGGUCUCCCCCCUACCCCGUUUGUUCCGUUCCAAGCACACUCAAUUCUCUCCCUUAACCCGACCCCCCCAGAACAGCACAAAAUCUCAAACAGCAAAAAAUUAUAAUAAAAUAGAGAAUAGCUGCUAGUCUUUGCAUCACCUCUCUGCUCAACCGCCCCCCCCUCGUCUCCCCAAAUUCACCACUUUCCCCCGCCUGUUUGGCUCCUUUUUUUUCCAGUACAGGAACCCAGAUGUCCAAUUUCAUUGGUAUGGUUUUGCUCACAAGAACCACCACAACUUAACGUUAUUUUUUUUAAAUAAGGGAAGUAGCCUUUGGAAACCUCUGACACUGACUGACUGGUCUGCCCUCUUCCCUGUCCCUUAAUAUGGACUCCCUUACCAUGUGCCAUAGUCACUGUGCACAGUGCUUCCUUACCUUCCAAACCCCUCCAGGGGGGAGGAUAUUGGUACAUCCCAUUCCCCCCCCCAAGUUCGCAUGGCGGCUCCUGUCCUCUCGAUCGGUCCAGUCCGGUGCGUCUUUUGAGUCACUUUUCUGUGUUUACGGUUGCCUGUUGUCUUCCGCCCCUGCCUGCCGCCUGGGAGCCCAAACGUGUAGUCCUUCCUCCUUCUCCCUUUGCCUGCAAUACGUGGGGUUUGUUUUGUGUCGUGUGUGUAUGUUUGUUUGUGUUUCUUUUUCUAAAAGUUAUUUAAAACUUCCUG